AUGGAAACGCUGAUGGGCUUCGUCUGUCUAGCUUCAUUGGGGUUGAGCUGGCGCCGUCUCCGAGAGGGAAAGGUAGUCGCCGUCCGGAGAAAAGCAGAAUGCGUUCUGCUUGAAAGGUCCGAGAGAAAGACGUUUUCUUUCGUCGGGCUCAGCGACGGCCACCGCCAGGACUCUUUACCUAUGCAGGACAUUGCUGAUGGCAAUGCCCAUCGGGGAGUCCACUCCGAGGUCCACAAACCUAGUCGAGUCGUUCAGCUCGCUGCGAUGAACACCGGAUUUGCCUCCAACUCGUUCUGGUUUUUGUUUGCCUGGAAGGCCUACCGAGUAUCUCCAACGCAAACAGCAGCAAUUAACAAUAGAAGGAGCAGAAUGGGCACAAGCCUGGCAGUCUGGUCCUUAGUCGAAGUAGUAGGCCUCACAGAGGUGAUGGUAGGACUGAAUGACCCCUUACCCCCUGAAGCCAGUGGUCAUGCACUGGCACCGGUGGCUAGACUAACACGAUCAUUCCGUGAGAGAGAGCCUUGGUUGCGCCUCAUUCUGGUAUCGUUCGAUGAGACAUUGAUGCAAGGCGCCAAUAAGGCUAUGAGCCGGAAGUCAAAGACGAAUGACCGAGAUAUUCAGAGUCCCAACAGAGACAGAGACAGAAAGAGAGAGAGAUGGAGAGAGAUCUUCAUUCACUCGUCACCCUGUUCACCAUCAGCCUUGACUUCUUCUGCUCCAUUUGUCUCGACAGUGACCUACCUGGUAUGGCAUAUCACUCCCCUCGAUCCCUGUCUUGCUCGUAUAACACUAACGCGAAGCGGGAUAGUCUCCCUGAUGGGAAUAUCCCCACGUGUGGCCUCGCCUGCUUGUCUCGACUACACCUUCACCAGCUUGACAUCCUGGAAACUAGUGAUAUGGGCGUGGUGGUCGCUCGCCACCAAUCACAGAGCAGGAAAUGAAACUGCUAGAGACAUCUCGUAUCCGAAAUCCAUGAGACCCAAUCGUGGCUAUGGUAGAGAAUACUCCUCUACAACAUCAACGUGUUCUUGA